GUUUAUGGCAAUUGGCAACUCUAUAUUUUGGGAUUCAAGUCUUAUGCUUUGUGAAGCUGAAGCUAGUGUCACAGUGUGUUCACAUGACACUAGCUCCAUCUUGUUUCUUAUAGCUUCAUUUUCAUUCAUAUAAUGAACAAAAGCCAUGAAUAUGAGAGGGUAUUUAAUCAUUUUGAUGAGAAUGGAGAUGGGAAGAUAUCGCCGGCGAAGCUUCAACAGUGCGUGAAGGCGGUAGGAGGGGAGCUGUCUCUUGUAGAGGCGGAGGAGGUGGUUCAGGCCUUGGAUACGGAUGGAGAUGGCUUGUUGGGGUUGGAAGAUUUCAUUAGGUUUAUGGAAGAAGUUGGAGAGGAAGAGAAACUGAAUGAUUUGAAAGAGGCUUUCAAGCUGUAUGAGAUGGAUGGUUGUGGAUGUAUCACACCAAAGAGUUUGAAGAGGAUGCUUAGUAGAUUAGGUGAGUCCAGGACUUUAGAGGAAUGCAAAUUGAUGAUUGCUCUGUUUGAUCUUGAUGGUGAUGGAGACCUCAAUUUUCAUGAAUUUAGAGUCAUGAUGUCGUGAUAUAUAUAUACUUCUCCUUCUUUUAUAUAUAU